AUGGUGCAACGUCAGAAUUGCCCUCCUCGUGACAAGAAAUCAUUGGAUUGCAAAACAGUUUAUGAAGCUUCUUCUUUAGGGAUGCCGGAAUGUGGUGCGGAUAGAUUCAUUUAUCAGCAUCGGCAAGCGGAGCAGUAUCAUCGAGCACAAACAAAUCUUGCCAUGCAGCAUCUCAGUUAUUUCCAAGCUCUCCACGCUCAGCAGCAGCAACAGCAGCAGCAGAAGCAGCAGCAGUCGCAGCAACAGCAGCAGCAGCAGCAAUCGCAGCAAGAUACUAAAGCAGCGCAGGGUCAUUCGAGCGCCACAAGUGCAGCAGAUACCUCGGAGGAUAGCGACACACAAAUGUCGCCAACCGCCAAAGAUUCGGCAGGCCUGAGGAACAGGAGGUAA